CAGUCGCGGCUCAAGAUUCGAACGACUACUCUCUGGUUGUUGAAAGAAAGGAGUUACUUCUCUUAUUUUGUUUAUAAAAAAAAAUACACAUUUGUUAAAUUUAUUCAGCAACAUUUUGGUGAAAUAUACAUGCAGGUACGUUGUUUUCAUUUACAACGCCCAACUGUAGCUCCGGGGGAUAGCGUGUACUAACGUUAACGUAGGACAGCAUGCUAACUUAGCUAGCAGGUUAGCCGAAGGUGCAGAAUCGUGUUUCGCUCUGGAUUAACUGGACAAGUUACAUCACUUUGAACUCAACAAGUAUCCAAAGCCAUGGGGAAGGAGCGGGCCCAGAAGAAGUCCUUCCAGCAGAGUCUGGAGGACAUCAAGGAGAAGAUGAAGGAGAAGAGGAACAGACGGCUUGCUAGUGCCUCAGCUCCCAGCAAAGGACGGUCCAGAAUCACAAACAGAAACAGUGUGGCUAACACUACACACACCAUUCUGAAGGGUGUCCAGUUGAACAACAAAGCACUGGCUGUAGCCCUGCAAGCUGAGAAGGAAAGAGUGAGGCAGGGAAAUGCAGUGAUCCUGCAGCUGAAAAGAGAACAGCAAGCUCUGUUCCUUCACCUGCUUCUGCUCAAGAAGAAGCUUAAGGAACAGGAAGCACUGGCAGCUUUAAAGGCUGCAGAGACUAAACCUGCAAAGGUCCCUGUUGAACCUCAGCACCACAUUAAUCUGACAGGGAGAAAACUUGCCAGACAAAAUGUUGAGGAGCCCAAUGUGUUUGAAGACUCACCUAUCAGGACAGAGCCUCGGUCCUCUGAAAAGAGUGGACAAUCUGAAUGUUACAAACAGAUGACUCUGCCACCUUCUGUGGGCGUACGGCGUCAGCACACUGAUAGAAAAAACAAGAGGAGAUCUGAACGUGUGCAGAAAAGGCAGUCCUUGAGUGAGGGUGACACCAUAGCAGGAAUGGAUGCUUUAAAAGCAAGUCCUAUUCAUGGUGAUGAUAAAAUUCUAAAUCAGGUGCAGCAGAGAUCUGAACCAGAAAUGGCACAUGUCAUUGACACUGAAGAUUUUCAGCAUUCUACCCCUGAACCUGUUCCAAAUACAAAAAAAACCCAACAGUCCAAUAGGAAACAAGCCCAGCUUCAGCCUCGUACCAAAACAGAACCAGCUCCACGGAAAGCUGAGCGGGGCCGCAGACCUGAGCGUGCCCAAAUGAAGAAACCAUGGGAAAAUCCCAAACCCAGAGCCCGCUCUAAGAGUCGAGACCGCUCAGCCACACGUUCCAAAACAGCACCUCCACCACAGAGCAAUAAGCUCAACACAUCACUGGGAUUUAAUGACACAUUUGACUUUGACUGUGAAGAGGCGGUUCACAUCACACCUUUCAAGCCAAAAGUAGAUGACAGUCAGGUGGCCACCCCUGUCAGUGAAGAGCCUCCACAAAGCAGACAGCCUGUUACUGAAGAUACAGCUUCCAGAAAUGAGUCCAGCUCGUCAUCGUUGUCCUCUGAAUCGGAGGACAGUCUUUACGUCCCUCAAAAAACCAAGAGGAAACAAACUUCACCAGACCAGACCAAGGUGAUCACCACUCGUAGAGGCCGGCCCUCCAAAGUCAUCAGACAGAAAGAGAACAUCUAUCCGAAACAGGAGAUCUCUGUAUUUAGAAAUGAAGAUUCAAGUCCUCAGGCUAUGCAGCCUGAAAAGAAUCAAUCUCCUCUCCAUCGGUACCCUGACUCUCAUAUCUCUAACAGCCCUAACCCCACAGAGAUGGGAAAGGAAAAUCACCAAGAGCCUCACAGGGAGGAUUUGGAGGACUGUUUGCUCCCUGUCAGCCCUCUGGUUGAAGCUGAGAUGAUGAGAAUAGGCGAUGUUCUGUCCAACUUUGGAGAUUCCCCCAGCGAUGCUCCACCUCUUUUGUCCCACCAAACGCCCAAGAGGAUCAAGACGUGCAGAAAACGUGGGCUUGGUAUAAGGACAGCAGGGCGGGGCUUGAGUCUGUGUGAUGUGACCAAUAUGUCCCCCGCAGCCUAUCGCAAGUUCCCCUCUGAUGCCCGCUGUUCCACUCCUGUUCCUGCACGCAAGCGCCGCUGCACCAUGGUGGUUGACUACAAAGAGCCCUCACUGAACGCGAAACUUCGGCGUGGAGACAAGUUCACAGACCUGCAGUUCCUCCGUUCUCCUAUAUUCAAACAGAAGGCUGACCGGAGGUCUGAGCAAAAUUCAAGGAAAUCUACCAAUGGCCAAAAGCAGUUUGAUAUGUACAAUGAGUCCUUUGUUGGAUGUCGCUGAAAGCAGUCACCUUGUAUUUACUGUUGGCUGUCAUUGUCAGUUUUUGAUAGAGUUGUGGUGAUAUUUUAGUGUUUUUUCUUGCAAGGUUGUAUCUUUGUGACAUUGUUUGUAAUGUGACUGUGAACUUAUACUUUUUUUCACAUCUAUGUUCAUGCUCUACAUGUGUUUAGUCUGCUCUUCGUCAUUUCUUUGCUUGAUCACAAGAUAAACGAGAAAGUAAUGGCUAUUUUUUUGAAGCGGAAUGUUUUGUGAUUUCUCUCAAACCAUGUUAACUGUUUUUGUAAUGAAAUAACGUGAGCUCAUACUGCUGUAUAAUAAAUUCCAAUUUCUAUAUUAA